AAGCAGCUCCCUUUUAACUUUCUCUGUUUUUGCUUUUGAUUUUCGUUCUCUGAUUUUGGAGACCCCUAGAUGUUUGAGCGAUGGAUAUAACCCCUCCCAUCACCACCACCACCAACACCGCCAGCACCAAAUCCCCGGAAGCAGACAGCGAAACUCCGACACGGAUCCAGCAACCCAUAAACCCUCUGUCCUUCUGCAACGGCGUCCUCAAGCGUCACAACCCCACCCACCACCUCCACCACCACAACAUCCCCAUCACCCCUGUUGUAGUCACCUACAAAGAAUGCCUCAAGAACCACGCCGCCACGCUGGGAGGCCACGCACUCGACGGCUGCGGCGAGUUUAUGCCGUCUCCCACCGCCAACUCCGCCGACCCCACCUCUCUAAAAUGCGCUGCAUGUGGCUGCCACCGUAAUUUUCACCGCCGGGACCCCGAGGACCCCGUGCAGCCAAAUACCCCCGCCGCUACAACGCAUGUGAUCGAGUAUCAGCCACACCACCGCCACCACCCUCCGCCGCCGACUCACCCAGGCAACCGCAGCCCCAACUCAGCUUCUCCGCCGCCGAUCUCGUCCUCGUUCUACCCCUCCGCCCCCCACAUGCUCCUGGCUCUGUCCACUGCUCACGAAAACGCCUUAGUGGGUGUGAAUAACCACGCCGCCGUCAUGCCCCCGAUCAUGUCGCCGAGCCCGAACGCAAGGAAGCGGUUCAGGACCAAGUUCACCCAGGACCAGAAAGAUAAGAUGCACCAAUUCGCAGAGAGGGUCGGGUGGAAGAUGCAGAAGAGAGACGAGGAAAUCGUACAGGAGUUCUGCAAUGAGGCCGGCGUCGAAAAAGGUGUUCUCAAAGUCUGGAUGCACAACAACAAGAACACCUUCACCAAGCGAGACGUGCUAAAUGGCGGCGGUGCUGGUGGUGGUCUAGGUAGACCCAACUUUCUACUGCAGCAGACCCACCACCACAAUGGCACCAACGGCAACGGAAACGGAAACAACAACGAUGACGAGGACGAGGACGAUGAUGAUGAUCAAAACGACAACGACGACAACAAAAACGGAGUUCCGAAUCCGAAUCAUCAUUACCAGGGUGCUGACGGUGGUGCCAACAAUGGAUCGUCGUCGUCUUCUUGAUCCUUUUGAUGAAUAAUAAGAGGAGCUUAAUUAGCAUUAGAGUAAGGCCAGUGCUAUUAAUUAGUUGCUCUUAAUUUUCUUUCUUUCUUAAUUUUUCUUUCUCAUCGUGUUUAGUUUAAUUAAUGAGACUAUCAAUACUUCAGUUUGCUGAGGAUAACCUGGGAACAGAUUGAUUGGUCCAAAAAAAAGGGAAUUAAUUUGCUGCCCA